AUGGUCACUCACAAGACCAUUCCGCCCCUCGCUCGCGGCGACUCGAAGCCCAUCGACGCGAAUAAGCCCUUCAUUGUUCGAGACCUGCCAGCAGAACUUCGCAAUCAGAUCAUAAGCUAUCUGGUUGACUGCCACCGACAAUCACCCAUCAUCAGACUACCGGGUGCUUUCUUCACUCGUAUAGGCACACAAGCGCACUGGUUUCGGAAGAUUGUACUCGACCUGUGCCUUCUGACAACACCAAAACUUUAUCGAAGCCUUGCACACCCUGACCGAGUUAAAGAUGGUGCACUCGAGCGAUUCGAGAUCACGCCUCUUCUGCACGCGAUCUGGAACUUGGAUCUAAGUGUCGGCGUCUCUCUCGUCAACACUAGGUAUUUCCCUCCUAUUCAUGGACUCACGGAUUUGAACCUCAAUGCCCCGUCUACGAGUGCUAUCUUCAAGUCUAUACUAGGAGGUCAGUUGGAGCUACGAAAGUAUGGCCGGCUGCUGUACGCAGUUACUAUAUACGGAGACAGUUCCGGAGGCGAGAUCAGUUGGGGGACUACCAAUCUUUGCUGCGAUCCCCCGGAUAUGAUGAUUCGAGAGUUACUUCCAGACAUUGUUCCAGAUCUGCAUCACAUCUCUUGGUUUACCACGGAAGAUGGCGGAGCACGAUUACGAGUGCACAAGCGGGAAAAGGCCCUGGCUCUACUCGACCUGCCACAGCCAAUAUUCAGGGAUAUAAUCAUUCGGGUUGUGCGUCCUACCGAAGGCUUUGUGAUCGACUUGGAUAAGGAUACGGAAUUCAACUGUGGUAUCAUCCAUGUUAACAAGGACAUCUAUCACGCCAGUUUCGAAUUAAUCUUGACAACAAACUGUGUACACACUGGUUUCGACGGAUUCAAGAACUCACGGAGAUUUCUGAGGAAGACUUUCGACUCUUACCGUUAUCCUAGUGAUUCAUCGCACCCGAAGACCCUUAUGGUUAGCCCGUUCGAACUGAAUACGAUGAAAUACACCCUCAAACUUGAGGUGCAAGGCCCCAUCUUAUUGGACGAUGUCCGCAUCAACAUACUGCCCUUUGUCAUGGAAACGGCGAUAUCAGGUCCAUGGAAGGGAGAUGAACUCACGAUUCAGGUUCGGAGUACCGACUGCAGCGGAGCCUCUACCAUGGCUGCUUCGCAUACGUUGGGACUUCAAGAGCUUCGUAUCAACAUCCUCACCGCCUUGAUGAAGUCCUUCUACUUGGAAAAAGAGAGGCAAAUCGUACCUGAUUGCUGGAUCAAUAGCUUUGGGCAAGUCGUGCAAGUCGUGCAAGUCGAGGACGCUCAGGAUAUUGCCGGCGAAGCAUGGGAGUUGACCUCCCAUCUUGUCGAAAACGAUUGUGAGAUAGAUCAUGGCUGUUGGGAAACCGAGAACUGCUUCGACGUUCUCGAACUGCACCCUCUCGACAGGCAGUACCGACGUGGCGAUGUCCAUCCUGGCUGCACCAUCAACGGCAAACAAUUCUUUCCGUUUCAGCAAGAUCCAGAGGAGAUCAUGCGCUAUCUUAUGCACAACAUUAACGACCACAAGGUGUUUGACUUUGCGAGUGCGACGAUUGUAAUGAUCACCGAGGACGAUGAGGUUGGUCAGGACUGGUAG